UUUCAGAACAGAACCGGUAGAGGUACUUCCGAAUCGUUGUCUAAUCACUAAUAAAAUAAUGAUUAGAAAGUAGAACGGAAUCUGAUUUCUGAACGCAUUGGAACCAGAUCUCUGAACGCAUCUCGGGUUCAUGUCCGGCAACGACAAAAAUUAAAAACAAAUUAAACGUCAGAAUCAUUGUCAAAGUUUUAAAAAUUGAAUUCGAAAGUUUUUCAUCAGUUUGAUUAGUUAGUUAUUUGCAUUCGGAAGUCGUGAGAAAACUAAAGCAAAACGGCAUAUGUAUACAGGGUUACUCUUGUACCUACUACGGUAAGUGUUUUGUAAAUUGUGACAAAAAUGGCAUCGAAAAUAAUUGCAAAUAUAAGGAGAAAUCUGGAAAACGGAGCAGAUGAACGAGUCUCAAAUUGGCUCCUGAUGUCAACUUUUUGGCCUAACAUUGCCAUAAUCGCGGUUUAUUUGUUGCUUGUGUACAAAAUUUUGCCAGAAUUUAUGCAAAAUCGUAAGCCUUUCAACUUAACAAGAGUUAUUAGGGUAUACAAUCUCGGACAGGUGGCUACGUGUCUUUUUCUUAUAUAUUGGACUGCAACAUCUGGUUGGGUGCAAGGCGAUUACACUCUCGGAUGCCAACUGAUGGAUUAUUCCAGCAAAGAUCCAAAAGCCCUAUCGUUGCUGCAAGCUUUACAUUGGGCCUACUUUUUGAAAUUAACUGAACUUAUUGAAACGAUUUUUUUUGUGCUUAGAAAGAAAUUUAGUCAAGUUUCUGCACUGCAUGUUUACCAUCAUACGUCGACGUUGAUAGUGGCUUGGACUAGUUGUAAAUACAUUGGAGGACCAAUGCCAUCAGUACACCUCAUGAUGAACUGCUUCAUACAUGUUUUAAUGUACACGUACUAUUAUUUGUCCUCGAAGGGACCCGUCUGGCAAAAACGUAUCAAUCCUUGGAAACCUUGGAUAACGAGAGCUCAAAUGAUCCAAUUCACAUUGCUGCUCUUGCAUCUGGUGCCGCCACUGCUUCCGUAUUGUAAAGUUAACAAAGCUUAUGCUAUUUUCACUGUUUUCUACAUGCCGAACAUUAUUUUUCUGUAUUACAUGUUUUAUGAUUUUUAUAAGAAGGCAUAUAGGAGAGAAAUUGUAUUGAAAAAAAUUAAGUAGUUAGGUAUAUUAGUAUGUAUAGUAGAUUAGAUUGGGUAUAGUUAAUAAAUUUUUUUUUUUUUUUUUUUUGAAAACGACUUUAUUGAUAACAAUAAAUAAUAACAACAUUUGGUUACAAAUUUCUCUAAUCAGUGUAAAAUCACUGGCCCCGAGAAUAGCUACUUAACAUUAUCAGUGCUGGAUGCCUUUUUUAAUUUAAUAAUAAAUCAACAUAACAAAAGAAUAUACUUAAAUCUUAAUGAUCAAAACUUAUCUUAACUUUUUUAACAAAUGCAUUAUAAUUUCCUAUGUUCUUAAUUUCAUUUGGUAACUUAUUGUACGCUUUUGAUGCUUUAAUUAUUGGAUUGUUUAGACCUAUAUUAGUAAGUGUUCUUGUGAGAUAAAUACUGUUUUGAGAUCUAGUUCUAUGUUCAUGUAUAUCAUUUGCAAAUACAAUAUUUAUAUUAGUUUUUUGUGUCCUAUUUAAAAUUUUAUACAUAAGUUUACAUUGUUCAAAUUCCAGUAGUUCAAAAAUUUUACAAACUUUUAAUUCUUUAUAAAGUCUUUCUGUACUCGUUAAUCUAUCAUAAUUAAAUAAUAUCUUUAAAACUUUGUUUUGUAAUAUUUGCACUGCAUUGAAGUUUGUUAAAUUACAAAGUACCAUAGAUGGGCAACAAAUAUCUUAGGUGAGAUAAGAAAUAUGCAUUAUAUACAUCUAAUUUACUUUUGUAUGACAAAUAAUAUCUAUGUUUAAAUAGAG